CACAGGAUGGCGAUACAAUACUCGUUAUUGUUUCAUAGUGCCCACUUAUACAUUUUGUAAACGGUGGGGGUCGCCAAUCGUCCGGGGUAGCCUACAGUAGCGCGCCGGUGCCUGGUUUCAUGUGCGUACCUUUCCCGUCUGCUCUCUCUCACUCAGAUGGGAGCGACAAAAACACAGACGCCCACCUAUCACUGCCUCCACUCACUUUCUAUCACAGCAACUCAAGAUGGCGGCAGCUUCCUCCAUCCAGCCGCCAACCGUUCACUCUUUGAACCAGGAAAGUGAACAUUUCCCUGAUUCUGACAGCCCGGAGAGCCGGCAGGAUGAGGACGCAGCAUCCGAGGGGACCAGUCUCAGAGACUUACCCGAUUUGGAACGGGAGGAAAUUGAGAAGAGGCUAGAGAAAACUCGCCGCGAGCUGAGCAACAGGAGGAAAAUCCUCAUUAAAAACCUUCCACAAGAUACAACCAACCAGGAGGUCCAUGAGAUUCUGAGAGAAUACGAGCUCAAGUACUGCUUUGUGGACCGCACCAAAGGGACAGCAUUUGUGACCCUGCUGAACGGUGACCAGGCUCAGGAUGCCAUCCGCUCCCUCCACCAGAGCAUCGUGCGCAGCCGGGACAUCACAGUGCAGCUCCAGCCCACAGACAGUCUGCUCUGCCUCACCAACCUGCCCCACACCUUUACUGCCCAGCAGCUGGAGGACCUAGUCCGUUCCUACGGAAACAUUGAGCGCUGCUUCCUGGUCUACAGCGAGCUCACCGGACACUCCAAGGGCUACGGCUUUGUGGAAUACAUGAAGAAGGACUCUGCGUCGCGGGCGCGGUUGGAGCUACUGGGGCGACCAGAGGGGGACCGUGCGGUCAUGGUCCAAUGGACAGAUGUGAACCAGUUGACUGCGGGUCACCACCUCCACUCUAAGUGCCUUUGUGUGGACCGGCUGCCCCAGGAGUACGACUCAGAAGAGCUGACCCUCCUGUUCUCAGACAGAUACAAACCUGUCUUCUGCCAGCUAGCCCAGGAUGAGGGCAGCCCGGUGCGAGGGUUCGGGGUGGUGGAGUAUGAGAGUGCAGAGCAGGCGGAGGCCAUACUGAUAGAGAUGGACAGAACACUGGUGGGAGGACAGGAGAUCCGUCUCUCUCUCUGCACCCCCGGAACCUCAGGCAGGAGCACAUUGGCAGCGCUCAUCGCUGCUCAGGGCAUGAUGUUGAGUAAUAAGAAGGGCUUACUGCCGGAGCCCAACUUGGCCCAGCUGCUGAACAGCAUGACCAACCCAGCAGCCCUACAGGUCCUCAUGAGGCCUUACCACACUGGCAAACGAGGAGGGAAGUUUGGGCGGCCUCCUAGCCUGUCUCCAUUCCUCAGACCCCCCCUCACAGCAGCCCUGUUCCAACUGGGGAAGGUACAGCAGAGUUCCAUGUUGGGGAACGGUCUGGUGCUUCAGAAUCUAUUGCACAUGCAGCUGGCCCAGCAGCAGCUCCUGCACAUCAAAGACAAGCACAUGAGCAAUGUAUCUAGUCUGUUGGGUGACCCCUCUCGUCUACUUCUACAGAAAGUCCUUGGUCUCAGGCCUCCAGCCCCCAUGGCCCUGGGAAAGGGUCUGCUGGGUGACUCCCCCACCGAGUUAGGUCAGGAGUCCCUGCCAAUGUCCAGUCAGGCCUCAGUGUCGGCAGCGGGCAUGAUGCCCUACCUGCAGGCGCAGACACACCUGGGAACAGCCGUGGGAGGGGAACAGAACGGGGCCUGCAUCUACACCACAGCCUCUGACAGGCAACCAGCCCCUCCUGGGACCAUGGCGAAUGCUCAGCCCCAGGGACAGAGCUACUACCUGGGUCCCCCACCACCCAAAGCUCCAGGGGGCCACCAACCCGGCCGACACAGCUACAGCAGCACUGAGAGUAGCCCAGCUAGUGGAGCUCCCAGCAGUCAGUUCUCUCUCCUGGGUGAACCCCCUAAAGAGAUGAAGCUACCUUCCAAUCCGUACCUGAAUCUAGCUAGUGUGUUACCUGGCAUGGUGCUGCAAGCCCCGACGGCCUGUAAAAUGCAGACAGGGCAGCCUCUAGUUGGGGUGUACAGCAGUGCUAUGCCCCCUGUCUCCCAACCCUCCACUUCCCAAACCCCAGCACCCUACAGCACCGAUACCUCUGCAGACUACAGUCACUACAGCCAGGCAUACUCACAGGUAACACACACAUGCACACAGACAAGUGUGUUUACACAGGAGUGAGCACACACCCAAACUGUUGAGCUCUGCACAGUAAGUCAUUAUGUCUUCCGUGCUUCCUCAUAGAGACAGGUUGUUUUUGCAAUUACUCACAAUUGUGUCAUGUGUUGGAGAGAUGGAGAAAGAGUGGGGUGUGUUGCGGAAGAUAGGGUAGUGAAAAGAGAGAGUGGGGAGAGGUAGAGUUAAUUAGAGAGAAAGGAACAAUAGGAGAUAUAUGAGUGAGAGAGUAUGUAUGUGUAAUGUUUAUUGUUCAUUUUUAUUGUUUUUCACUUUUGUAAAUUAUCUACCUCACUUGCUUUGGCAAUGUUAACACGUUU